AUGUUCUCCAACUUUGUGAUUGCAGCUAAAGGACUAUUUGCGCGAUCCGAGUCUGAAGACACACUUGCAGAUCCUGCUGGGGCCUCCGCCGCAACUACUUCCGACAUGGUGACCGCUACCAGAAGAGGGACUGUCACGUCCCAGCCGACCGAAGAGCCGACUACCAAUGGUUCUGCUAAGCAGGGAAAGCGCAAGGCUCAGCCAGUGACCACCGAAAAGACGAAUGAUAAGCAGAGCAAGCGGAGGAAGAGGAACAGCCUGGAAGCCGAGAACACGAUCUCCGAUGCCGCGAGCGAUUCAGAUAUGGAUGAGGAUUCAGCGCCCAAGAAACACUUCCGAUUUGGCAGCGAGGAACCAGAACCCACUGUUCCAGAGACACAACUCGAAUCAAAGUCUGAGCAGGACGAGGACGAGGAUAGCGAUAGUGACGAUGAUGCGCCCGAAACGAUCGACAAUUCUGCUCAGCUCAUGAAGAUUAAGGAGCAGGCCAGGAAGCAGGAGAAGGCAAAGCAACAAGAGGAGCAACUGAAGAGGGAAAAGCGGAGGAAGCUCGAUGAGACCCGCAAAUUGCAGGCCAAGUCUAAGCCAAAGGAAAUUACAGCACCUAGCGAGGACAUCCACUCCGAAAGCACCACCACUGUGCAGGGCGAUAACACGGAAGACGCGCGACGACGUGCUCUGCCCGCUUUGCUCCCCGACGAUAUCCUGAAUGCCGAGCCUGUUACCCGUCCUCCGACACCACCUGCCGAAAAUAACUUCGGUUUUGCGAUUCCCAAGAAGUCGAACAAGUUGAGGUUUUUGGAGAAGACGGAGAAGCCUCCCAAGGAUGUUCAAGUAGGCGACGUCACCAUUCGAGUGCUUGAUGCCCCGUCUACAAAACAAAGUUCGAAGGUUGCGCUUGCCCCCAAAGCUUCCAAGCACGGGCGGGGCAUGAAGGAGGGUUGGCUGAAGCAGCAAAAGAGCACAGCACAUGUCAACGGUCUACGGAGGACAUCUGGUGGUUCUUCUGGGUUCAAGCGCCGUUGA